UCAAAUGAAAAUGAAUCAUUCUUGUAUAUUUCCAAGUCUUCCAAGCAUUGCAACAUUUAAACAUUACACCAGAUGGUAACGGAGGUGUAUGCGUACUUGAGAUCGUCUUUGUUUAAUCAGUGCAAGAAGGUGUUUGAAGCUGUGCUAUUUUGAUGGGGUUGGUGCAUGGUAAAGGCAGGAAAAAAUCACAUGGACGUAUGUCUGGAAACUUGAAACAAAUGGAUGACCCAAAUAAAUACCAUGACAUCAUAAAAAACAUAUUAAUUGAUGAGUUAGCUGUACCUUACCCUGUGACGCAACUAAUACUUGAUUAUGCCCAAAUAUGGAAGUCACAGACUGCAGAAAGCAAAGAAGAGCUUGAAUAUGGCGGUGAUAAUUUAAACCUGAAGUAUUUAAUAAUAGAAUACCCUAGCGAUUUAAAAAUCCUAAAGUGUGUUGAUGUCACAGUUGAGUCACAUGAUCAGGGUUGGGCUAGUGGUCCAGGAUCUUGGACUUGGGGGGAAAUCGCAAUUUUCCGUGAUACAGUUAAUGCCGAUUUAGAGCAUACUGAAACCGAACUCUCAAAUCGAGUCGAUGUCUACCGCAAUAAGAGAGCGUGUAAUGACUUCCAGAGACACGAAAAAAGGAUAUACGCCCCCUUGUCAACUCAGACCAAUGUUUUGUCUCAUUUUAAGGAAGAUACACAUAUUGGGUUAUGGUUACGAUCCAGAUUUCCUGGAUGGGCUAAUUAUACCAGGUACGCCAAGAUAAGAGUGUGGUACACAUGAUCACUUGUGAAGUUAGGGUAUAACAUCAUUCAGAAUGUUGUUACAUGUAUGUAGAUUUUUUUACCCUUCUUGUCAGCUUAACACAUAGGCCGAUAGGUGAGAAAAUGUGAAAAAUACGCCAUAAGUGGAUUGUUAUUCAGAUACUUUCGGCUCAGUCUCUUGGCCUCUCACUUGUCAUAGCUCUGACAUUUGCAAUGAUAUAUAAC